CAACUGUCCUAUAAAUGGAGCAAAGAUUCAGGUGCAUCUAAGUAAUUUAUCUGCACCAAUAGCCAGGACAACAGGAAUGGCUUUCUCAGUUCUGCGACUGACUGCUGUCCUGGGACUGUGUGCCCUAAUCCUGACAAGCCAGGCAGAUGACAAACCAAAUGAAGAUGGCAACCCAGAGGAGAAAUCAGAUAACCCUCCAAAUGACUCCAGUAAAAAACCAGAGGGAGAUUUCCCCAAAUUCUUAAGCCUCCUGGGUUCAGAGAUCAUUGAGAAUGCCGUGGAUUUCAUCCUUCGCUCCAUGUCCAGGGGAUCAAGUUUUAUGGAACUCGAUGAGGACCCUGGACAGCCAUCUUCAAAAGUGACCUCCUAAGGGCACACCCAUCUGGCAGCUGGACAAAACAAGGACAGCCAGAUCCUGAACAUCUAGUUCAGUUUUACAAACUCGUCCAGAACCUGAGAUAUCAAGGCAGCUCCCAGCAAGUCACCAGGAAUGAAUCCCCAGUUUUAGAAAAAUAUAAUCCAUUUCAGCUCUUUGAUCUUGCAUUUCUCUCUCUACAAAGUCAGAAAAAAAAGGACCCUCUUAGAGUUCUAGCAUUACAUACUUGACUUUAUGGAGAUUUUUGUUGUUCCUGGCAAGUUUCCCUGGCAUGUUUAACUUCAUAAUGAAGCAAAAAAUGAGAUUAUACAUUGCAUAUACAUAUGUACAUAAGCAAAUUCAAGGCUUCUUUGUAUAUACAAUACACAUAUAUGGUAACAGAUUCUAAAAGACGAAGUAACACAUUUAAAAUUUAAAAGCCAGUAUGUAGUAGAAAAGGGACUUAAUUCUUGCUUCAAAAAUGAAGUUUUUAAUUUCUAAAGAUAUAUGAAGUUUCAAUAUUUUACACAUUUUUUAAAAAAGUUUUUCUUUCAAAAUAUCUAAGUUCCAAGUCCUUUGUUAGUAAACUCAAAACUGAUCUACUGAUGUGCCUCUUUUCAUUCAAAUGUCUGUUUCUCUUCCACGGUCAUUAUUCUUC